CCCCGCGAUCAGCUGUUGACGAGGAAGCGCAUCCAGACAGAGCCCCCAAGUCACCGCGUGUCUCGCCUCUCGCCAUGGCCUCGCUCUGCAUCAGCGCCCGCGGUCGACGCUCCGCGCUGGCUUUGCCGUCGCCGUCGCCGCUGCUGCUGCCCCUGCUGCCCCUGCUGCUGCUCCUCCUCUGCUGCGGCUGCAGCUGCUGGGGGCAGCUGCGCGGGGCAGCGUCGGGGUCGCAGCCUUCGAGGUGGAGGUGGUGGAGGAGGCCGCCCGUGGCGGCUCCCGAGGCCUCCGCGGGGCUGUGGUUCCAGCAGAGGUUGGACCACUUCAACGCGGCCGACGCGCGGUUGUGGAGCCAGCGGUACUUCAUGAACGACACGUUCCACAAGCCCGGGGGCCCCGUCCUGCUGAUGGUCGGCGGCGAGGGCCCCGCCAACGCGGCGUGGAUGUGCCAGGGCACGUGGCUGGAGUACGCCCGUCGCCUCGGAGCCAUGUGCCUCAUGCUGGAGCAUCGCUUCUACGGGCAGAGCCACCCCACGGCCAACGUGAGCGUGGAGAACCUGCGCUACCUGAGCAGCGAGCAGGCGCUGGCCGACCUCGCCCACUUCCGGCGCGAGGUGAGCGUGGCGCUGCCCCGGCUGGCGGGUGCCAAGUGGGUGGCCGUGGGGGGCUCCUACCCCGGAUCGCUGGCCGCGUGGCUCCGCCUCAAGUACCCCCACCUGGUGCACUCGGCCAUCGCGAGCAGCGCGCCACUCAACGUCACCGUCAAUUUCCCCGAGUACCUGGAGGUGCUGCGGCGCUCUCUGGAGGCGUACGACGUCCAGUGCGCCGCCAGCGUGAAGGAGGCGUCCGACAGAGCCGUGCAGCUGCUGGGCGAGAAGCAGUACGAGAAGAUCGGCAAGGACUUCGGGCUCUGCGAGCCUCUGGACGUGCGGUCGGACGCGGACUCUGCCUAUCUGCUGGAGACCCUCGCGGGCUUCUUCAUGGACGUCGUCCAGUACAACGAAGACAACCGUGCCUUCGAGGGGGCGAAGGGCACGAACGUCACCAUCAGCGUGCUGUGCGCGGUGAUGCGCGACGCGGCGCUGGGCGGUGCCUACGAGCGCUACGCGGCGGCCGUGCGCCUCACUAGCGAUGCGCUCGGGGUGCCGUGCGUGGACGCCAGCUACACGGGGUUCCUGCGAGACAUGCGCGGGCACUCGUGGGACGGCCCCGCCGUCGCGUCCGGCGGCCGGCAGUGGGUGUACCAGACGUGCACGGAGUUCGGGUUCUACCAGACGACCGACUCGGCACAGCAGCCCUUCUCUGGAUUCCCACUCAGCUACAAGCUGCAGCAGUGCGCCGACGUGUACGGGCCCGAGUUCGACGCGGCGGCGGUGGCGGCCGCCGUGCAGAGGACCAACGAGGACUACGGGGGCCUGGCGCUGCGGGCCUCUCGCAUAGUCUUCCCCAACGGCUCCCUCGACCCGUGGCACGCGCUGGGGGCCACCCGAGACCUCGCGGCCGACCUGCCCGCCGUCUUCAUCCAAGGGACAGCGCACUGCGCUAACAUGUACCCCGCGACGGCCCAGGACCCUCCGCAACUGACCGAGGCCCGCGCCCGGGUCUUCGACAUUCUGCAAAAGUGGCUGAGCGAAGACGACUGAGCGCGUCGGGCCUCCGGGAACGUGCGCUCGGAGGCUCUUCGGGCGAAAACCCCCGGCGUGAAAACGACGCCGCUCGGUCCCGGGACAGAAAGAAAGAAAUAAAAGCGGAUUCCCACAAUGUG